CUUGACACGAGAACGGCGUCGGUCGCACGAUAAGCCCAAGUUUUUGUUAUCAGUGUAUUUUUUUUUGUCAAUAGUAUUACGUGUGCUUUUUUUGUAUAUUGUAUUUUAUAUUCGUAUGGAAAAGGAAUGAGAAAUUACGUUAGUUGGAUUACACCUGGUAAAUUUAGCGUUUGAUUUCUGCGUGAAAUGAGAGGAGGUGUGUCGUACGAAAUGUCUUCGACGUGCGUACAAGGUGGAAUUAGGCCUUUGGGGGGUUACCAGCCCAACAUGCUGAUGGGACCGUCUUCGCCGGCCUCCGCUUGGCAAUAUCAAUCGAUUAUUCCGAAACGCGAGCCCAUCGACCCGGAGGAGCGCAACAACGACUCCGGCUUGGUGUCCGGCAGCGACUUCGUCUCCUCGUCGCCGGGCAGCGACAAAAGCGAGAACUUCCCCGCCAAUCAAAUGGUCACCUCCACGCCGCACGCCUUCUACUCCACCCCCACCGGCGUCUACCAGCAGCCCCAGCUCAGCCCCGUCACCAGCGAGUCCUACAACACGCUCAAACUCGACACCCCCUGCGCCUCCCCGGGCGACAACUCCCAACCCAACGACAAUCCCGAAGACGCCCUCAAGAAGCUCCAGGCGUCGCUGGAGAAGAACGGCUUCCUGCCGCAGGCGAUGUCGCCCAAAUUCGGCGAAUGGUCGGCCGACGACGACAACAACUCCGACAAGGAGCCGGAGGAGUACGACGAGCAGGGGCUGCGCAUCCCGAAGGUGAAUUCGCACGGUAAAAUAAAGACGUUCAAGUGCAAGCAGUGCGACUUCGUCGCCAUCACGAAGCUCGUCUUCUGGGAGCACACCAAGACGCACAUCAAGGCCGACAAGCUGCUCACCUGCCCCAAGUGCCCGUUCGUCACCGAGUACAAGCACCACCUGGAGUACCACCUGCGCAACCACUUCGGCUCGAAGCCGUUCAAGUGCACCCAGUGCAGCUACUCGUGCGUGAACAAAUCGAUGUUGAACUCGCACUUGAAGUCCCACUCGAACAUCUACCAGUACCGCUGCUCCGAUUGCAGCUACGCCACUAAAUACUGUCACUCGUUGAAGCUGCAUUUGAGGAAGUACUCGCACAAGCCGGCGAUGGUGCUCAAUCCGGACGGUACCCCCAACCCGCUGCCUAUCAUAGACGUCUACGGCACCAGGAGGGGGCCUAAGAUGAAGUCGCAGCCUUCGGAGGGUAAAUCCCAGCAGGAGGAGACCAAACCGAAGGUCGAACAACAACAACAACCGCCGUUGCCGUUCGCUUUGAACCAAUUCAUGCCGCAGCUGCCGUUCCCCGGGUUCCCGUUCUUCGCCGGUUUCCCCGGCGCCAUUCCCAACUCGCUGCUGAUGCAGAACCUGGAGACCAUCGCCAGGGAGCGGCGGGAGUCGGCCUGUUCCCCGGAGCAAUUCGAAACAGAGCAAGGCGUGCUGGACUUGAGCAAACCGGAGGGGCCGGUGAAGCAUCGACGCAAAGGUACCGCUUACAAGCUGUCUUCUAACGGGGAAGCUUCCUCCGAGGAGGAGGACGACGACGGGACCACCACGAUGUUCGGUAACGUGGAAGUGGUGGAGACCAAGAUGGAGGAUUCGCAGCCCGAGAAGGAGGCGGACGAUUCGAGUGCCGGUAAAGCCAAAGAGGAUUACAAUUGUCAGUACUGUAGGAUAAAUUUCGGGGAGCCGGUUUUGUACACCAUGCACAUGGGUUAUCACGGCUACAACAAUCCCUUCACGUGCAACAUGUGCGGGGAAGAGUGCAAAGACAAAGUGUCGUUUUUCCUGCACAUCGCUCGUACUCCUCACUCUUAGUGAAUGAAAUUUGAGACUGAUUGUUUCAGGAUUCGUAUCCGAUAUGGAGCUUUUUUUAUAAAAUUUUUGAUUCGUACGGAUUCUGAACGGUUACGAAGACAUACCUAAGUUAGAUUAGCAUCUAGUCAGAUAAAGAUUGUUUUGUUUUGUGCAUAUACCGUGCAAUUUAAUUUCUAGUUUUGCAAACUUCGGAAGGAUACGGGUAUAAACGAGCGUUUCGUGCCAUAAAUGUAAAUUAUUUAUAGUCCACGUUUUUUUUUAAUUAUUUUGUAAAUUUUUUUAGACAGCUAUAAGUCCAAAAAUUUUUAUUGCGAAUUUGUAAUAAGCGUGUAAAUUUUUGUAAAUGUUUUUAAUAGAUACAUUAUCGAAUACGAAAAAAAAUAACAGUAGAUACGUCGAAAUAUAUUAUAUAUAUUUUGUAUAAAUUUUUGGGGCCACGACCUGUAAGACUGAUGUGUAAAUACUUUUGUCUGUUUUUUUUUUUCAUUUAUUAGUAUUAGCUAGAGCAACUGAUCAAAAAAUAACUAUGUAUUAUAUUACGUGGGUAUUAUAGCUGACUGCAGUUUGAACCAA